AUUUCCUGGGAAGACUUCACCAUGGCUUUUGCUAUGUUGGCCACACUUAUGAUGGUCACCAUCGCAAUCAUCUACCCCACGUUCUUCGCCUGCCCCUCAUGCUCCAGGCAGAUCGGGGCGUCUGCGGUGUCCUGGUUGUGUUUCGGGCUGUACGCCGCCGAGGUCUGGUUGGUCCACAAAAGACCUGGUGAAACCAGCGGCUUUCUCACCACCGUUCCUGGUCUCCUCAAGAUCCUGGAGACAUUCGUCGCCUGCAUCAUAUUCACGUCUUUGAGUCCCGCCGAAUAUAAGGAGGUUCCAGGGACGCAGUGGUGCGUGGCCGUCUACUCCAUAUGCUUUGUUGUUUCAUUGCUGAUUAUUUUCCUCACCAUCGCCAAGCUGGCUUCCAUCUUUCCAUUUUCUUUUGACAAAGCAGUAAUUAGCUUCAACAUCCUGGCUGUGGCUAUGUACGCAACCGCUGUUGUUAUCUGGCCACUGUAUGUGUUUGACGGAAACCCACGUCCAAAUAAUUGUAACCUGUGUUCGUGGGAUGAUCUGGUGGUGGUGACCUUCAUGACCAUAAUCAACUUCUUCGUGUACACUGGAGAUUUGGCCUACUCUGUUAAAAUAGUAUUCUUUACCUAUCACGGCCAGGAGUAACGCCUUACCCAUGCCAUAUCUUUGGUUUAACAUGAAAAAAUAUUCUAUGUAACAUGUGUAAGGAUGUUUUUGGAUAUAUAAGGAGCGGUCACAUACCUUACACGAAAUAUCACGGACAAAAAAAGGUCCGUUGUUUGUCAGCAAUGUAGUGAUGCAUGAAGCACCGCUUACUGAGAGGUCACUUCCAAACUAAGAAGUUUCAACAAGGCGAAAACGCGAGUUUAAUGUUGAACAAACUUGAAUCUGAUGCAGAA